AUGGGUCAAAUGGCAACUACUAUAAGUCGUUUAGAGACUCAAGUUGGAGGGAAGUUACCUUCUCAAAUAGUGGUAAACCUAAAGGAAAAUGUGAAUGCAGUGAUGCUAAGAAGUGGCAAGAAAAUGGAAGAACCGAAGCUGAACAUUCCAAGUGUAGCAAAAUUCGUGAAGUCAAAGAAAGAAGAGAAGGAUAAAGAAAUAUUGGAGAUGUUUCGCAAGGUGGAAGUGAAUAUACCUUUGUUGGACGCAAUUAAGCAAGUGCCGAGGUAUACGAAAUUUCUUAAGGAGCUAUGCACCAAUAAGCGGAAGUUGAACGGUGAUGAAAAGAUAAUAAUGGGAGAAAAUGUGUCAACAGCUUUCCAAAGAAAACUUCCUCCUAAGUGCAAGGAUCCAGGUCUUGUGAAAGAUACUAGUGUUAUUAUCCAAUUGGCUGAUCGCACUAACGCAUUCCCUGAAGGGGUAGUUGAAGAUGUUCUUGUGCAGGUCAAUGAGUUAGUGUUUCUUGUUGAUUUCUACAUUUUGGAUAUGGAUGAUUCUUCUUCUCCUGACCCUGCACCUAUCUUACUGGGAAGACCAUUCCUAAAUAUAGCUCGAACAAAAAUAGAUGUUCAUGAUGGUACCCUCACGAUGGAAUUUGAUCGUGAAAUCUUUGAGUUAAAUAAUGCAGAUGAGUUAGAGGUUGCCCUUCUCAAACAUGUGGAAUCAGAGGAGAAAGGAGAGAUAGAGCUCAAUGAAGAAUUGAAAGAGACAGUGGCAGCUUUACGUUCUUUAAAACUGAUUCCAGAAAGGUAUGGAGUUUCUUUUAUAAAGCUGACUGAUUCUCACCAAAAAUUAUUGCCUUCUAAUUUGCAGGCCCCUACACUAGAGUUGAAGCCAUUACUGGGCCAUUUGAAGUAUGUGUACUUGGGAGAGAAUGAGACACUACCGGUAAUUGUGUCGAUGACGUUAACACCCAAUUAA